UGAUUGUAUCGAUGAUCCCAAUAUUUAUUUUAUGCUAAGUUUUAUAUAUUUAUAGCAGUUAUUUCAUACUAUCUUAUUGUAGAAGACAUCCAAUGUGCUUGUCCUUGUGCUAUUGACAUGGUUGGUUGAACGGUUGAACCUCAAGCACAAGAUGGCAAAAGUUUAAAUUAUGAUUUUUGUCACGACUAUUUAUAAACAGACCCACGUUGUGGCUUGGGACUUAGUGUUGCAUUUUUUUUAACAUGCAGGAGUACAAUAUCAAAUAUCCCAUGCAAAAUAAGUUAAGGCAUCGAGAAAAAAAAGUUAAGGCAUAUGCCUCAGUGGUUGAGAAAGAAAACAAACAAAAAAAGGUCUUAAAGCCCUUUGUGUGUCAUAAUAGCCAUCUUGCAGCUCCUUUUUUCUCUCGAACCACACAGGAGAACUGCGUGUCAUUUCAUUAAGAAAAAAGAAAGGAAUUCAAAUCCCUGAGAGGUUAGCAACCCCUUAGGGCUAGUUUGGAAACUCAAAUCCCUUCGGGAUUGAAGGGGAUUGGAGAGGAAAUUAGUUCAUUUCAACCUCAAUCCCCUCCAAUCCCGAAAGGGAUUUGAGGUUCCCAAAGUAGCCCUUAGGGGAAAUCCCUCGCUAUUCAAAUCCCCCCUCCCCCAUGGAUCCCUUCCAAUUCCCUUGUCACCAAACCAGCCCUUAGGGGAUAGAAAACCAACACCGUUCUUUUUUUCUCGAACGUGCAGGAGAACUGCGCCCCAUUAUAUAUUAAGCAGAAAAAAGGGGUGGUCUUAAAAGACCAAUACAAAAAUCCCAGCUUGGUCACGGCCCUUAGGAUGGUUAGGGAAGAGGCGGUGCUCUGGUCCAUGACUGGUGCCAAGGCCUUGUCCUUCCUCCAAGUCGAUGAGUUGCUGGCUUAAAACAGCGGUGUGGGUCGUGUUUCCUCCAUGUUUUAGUCGGUGAUCCGUAGUUAGUCUCUAGUGGUGUGUGUGCUGUAUUGGGGUUCUCUCCCCCCUUUCUUUUCUUCUAUUAAUACAAAGAUGUGCAGCUCUCCUGCGUAUUCUAGAAAAAAAGGUCUCCUUACGGAGGCCAGUAGCAAGCAUACAUAAAUAAAUCCAUCACUCUUCUUAACUCUCAGCUAAUGGUGCUGCCAAAUGGGAAAGCCCCUUGGCACCAACAAUCUCCCAUUUUGCCCUUUCCUCAUCCACAGCUCUAAGACUCAUGGUAACACUAGGGCUGCAGCCAUCAAAGACACAUUUGUUUCUAUCUUUCCACAAGAUCGAGUCUCUCAGAAUGACAAGGGAAUCAAGUCCUUUUUUGGUGAGUCCAUUAACAAUAUUCCCCACCGAUUCCCACCAGCCCGGAUAUGAGCCAACAUCCGGUUGAGGAGCCAAAGAAUGCAUAUCAAAUUUCCUUAGCAACAAAUACCAGAAUUCCCUGGAAAAUGAACAGGUAACAAGGAGAUGAUCAAUAGUUUCAUCCUCUUGAUCACAAAGGGGGCACUUAUCAGGAUGAACCAGCCCUCUUUUAGCAAGCCUAUCUGCUGUCCAAACUCUUUUUUGAGCUACCAGCCAAAUGAAGAAACGCCAUUUUGGCAAGGCCCAAGUUUUCCAAAUUCUCUUGUGAUGAGGGAAAACCACAGACCCCAAAAAGAACCCUUCGUAAGCAGUCUUUGCUGAAUAGGUGCCAGUAGGAGCCAUACUGAAAACAUGUCUAUCCUCAACCUCAGGCUGCAGCUGCCAUUCUGAAAUCAUAUCUCAUAACUGGAGAUAAUAUGUUAAGACUCCCACUGUCAGCGGACCCUUAAUAUCAGUGAUCCAUUUUCUAUUUGUAAUUGCCUCAUAUACUGUCCUGCUAUUGACAAUCCUCUUGGGUAUAGCAUUAAACAAACUUGGAGCAAGGUCUUUAAUUCUCUUACCAGUUAGCCACUUAUCCUUCCAAAACUUUGUAUUUGUGCCAUCUCCCACCUCAAUAAUGACCACCUCCGUAAAGAAAGCUCUAGCUUUUCCAGGAACUUUUAUGGGGAGAUCAGACCAUGGGCGUGUGGGAUCUGUCUUUUGCAACCAGAGCCAUCUCAUACGAAGGGCCCAACAUAGUUCUGGAAAACUAGAUAUGCCAAGUCCAAGCUGCAGCGGUCGGGAGGAACGUUACACGACCAAACUCUACCAGGGGCAGGACACUCACUAUAUAGGAGCAAGAGACUUCAGGAGAAGCUCCUGCCUGACACCACAAGUGCCCCUCGAAAGCCACCAAGAGAAGGACAGACUGAAUAGCUGGGCUAACUUCUUUAAAGACACAUACAUUCCUAUGCUUCCACAGCUCCCAGACAACUAGGAUUAUUAAAGAGUUAAAGCCUUUCCGCAGCUCCUUAACUAGAUUUCUGGAAACAAUGCUAAGGGCUUCAACUCCUGGGUUGACAAGAUUUUGAUGAAUUGGGUUGACAAGAUUGCGGAUAGGCUACCAAAUUGGAAAGCUAGGCUCCUCAACCUUGCUGGAAGGACAGCCCUUGUGCGCUUUGUACUUUCACCCAUCCCAGUUUAUCUUUUCCUUGCUAUGAAUGUCCCUAAGUGGGUGAUUAUCAAAAUUGAUAAAAUCAGAAAAUGAUUUGUGUGGAGAGGGAGAAAAGAGGUUAAUGGAGGCAGCUGCCUUGUGGCCUGGGAUUCAGUCACAAGACCUUUGAAGUAUGGCGGGCUUGGGAUUCCUAAUUUACAACACAUGUGUUGGGCUCUCCAAACCAAAUGGUUAUGGCUUCAAAAAACAGAUCAGAGCAGACCUUGGCAUGGCCUGACUAUACCCAUUCAGCAACAUGUUAAAGAUCUUUUUGCAGCAUCUCUGAUUUCCCAUGUGGAAAAUGGCUCUAAUACCUUAUUCUGGACAGAUAAGUGGCUAAAUGGAUGCUCCAUCAGAGAUCUUGCUCCAGAAGUGGCGUCGAAGGUGUCUAAACGAGCUCUUACCUCAUUGACAGUGAGUCAGGCUCUUGUAAACAGGCAAUGUAUAGCACAUAUUAAAACCCCCCUUUCCUUGAUUGGAAUUCAACAAUUUCUUCUCUUAUGGGAUGCUUUAGGGGACGUGCAGCUUUCUCAGGAAGAAGACCGCCAUGUUUGGAGGCACGAGGCAUCAGGGCUGUUCUCUUCUAAAUCCUGCUACAAAGUCCUUCUCUUCGGUUCUACUGUUUUUGAGCCUUGGAAGAGAUUAUGGAAGACCUGGGCUCCUCCUAAAUGCAAGUUCUUCCUUUGGUUGGCAAUAAGGAACAAAUGUUGGACAGCCGACAGAUUACAGUUGAGGGGAAUGCCACACCCAGUUGUUUGCCCAAUGUGUGAUCAAGCCCAAGAGACAAUUCAGCACCUCCUUACUGCGUGCAUUUUUGCCCGACAAUUUUGGCACACAAUUCUUGCUGCUAUUGGCUUGGGGCACCUCACUCCAACAGCUGAUGAGGAGAAUUUUGCAGACUGGUGGAGAAAGGCAAGCCUUAGGGUUGUCAAGACCAGAAAAAAGGGGUUUAACUCUCUGAUCAUCCUGGGGGCUUGGUGUCUAUGGCUUCAGAGAAACAGAGCAGUGUUCCAUGGGGAGUCUCCCUCACUACCCAGGAUUUUCAGGUGUUUCCCGGAUGAGUACGUUUGCUGGGUAAUAGCAGGAGCUAAGGAGUUUGGGAGCUUGGGCUUAGUUGCUGACCUGGGCGAGGUCGGGUCAAGUUUCAGCAACAAUCUGUAAUCACCUUCGGGUUUAUAAGGGUUUUUGGGAGAGUUGCUCAGCAACAUCUCCUUUAUUGUAAUGUUUUCUUUUCCUCUCUAAUAUAUAAGAUGCGCAGUUCUCCUGCGCGUUCUAUAAAAAAAAGUGACUAUCUGACCUGGGUGGCAAAAGAGCUCCUUUUGAUGGACCGCAAAAAAACACGCCAACUCUGUUCACAUCUAGAGGCACUAUAGUAGGUGCCUUCGUUGCAGUAUUUUUUUCUGUGCUUUGUUGCAGUAUUUUUGUAACUCCCAAGCAACCAGAAUAACCAAGGAAUUAAAUCCCUUUUUAAGUUUUUGAUUUUUGAUUUUUGGUUUUUAUUUCCGUGGGUGCUUUCUUGGCACCUUUGUACUGGGUCUUUUCUAGACCUUUUUUUUCUUAUCUUCUUAAUAUAUUGAUACGUGGUUCUCCCACAUGUUCGAGAAAAAAAAGUUGCUUGCUGGCCUCUUUAAGAGCUUGCUCCACAAAAGGAAAACCCUAUUGUUUCAGCCUGCAGCGCCACCAUACACAAGCCUGUAGAGCACACAAGAAAGCAGGAGGGGCUGCAUUGGUUCAGGAGCUUGAUUACACAGUAGACAGUGGCGAAAGGGCCUCUAGCCUAGUGGUUAAGGGCUUUCGAGUAGCACUUCCAACUCCUGGGUUCGAUCCCCCUCGGGAGCGAAUUGUCAGAUUUAGUUAAAAAAAUCCCCUCGCUGUGCCCCAUCCGCCUUCGCGUUACGAUGUGUUGUGCGCCACCCUCUGAUUGGGCCGUUGCAGAGUGGACGGUUGACGCCUGCCCGUUAGUGAUGGAGGGCCAGUGUUCGGGGAUUUUCUCGGCCGAAACCAUUGUUUCAGUCUCUCCUUAAUAUAAUACCGGGAGGGCGGUCUUUCCCUCUCGGCCGAGUUUUUUUACACAGAAGACAAUGGGUGUUUAUUUAGCCUAUCAGUGGUUCAGCAUCGGUUAAUAAUUGCGGAUCACAUGAAAAACUUACAAAGUAGUGGUGCCCAUGAUUUCCAAAUCUGUUCCAAAGGGCCAAUUACAUCCAUAUGUACAAUGUUCAAGCAAUAGCCUAGGCUCCUGGGCUGUUGGUACAUAGGCUUGGGCUGCUAGGGUGCAAAAUUAGACAUUAUAACUUGAUUCUGACUUCUUUUGAUGGUAUCGCCGCACCCAUAAGCCACAAUGGGGCUCCACCCCUGCAUCAAACCCCCUUGUCCAGCCCCUGUGCAACUUAGCUUUUAUGUUUUUUCUCCAACUACACAGAAGAGUUGUGUGUCAUUUCAUUAAGCAAGAAAUAGGGUAACACAAAGGGAGAGGGACAUCACCCACUCCCAACACAAUAGCCUUUACAGACGCGUCAGAACACAAAGAAACUCAACCUUGGCCUAGUGCCACAGCUCAACUCAUGGAUUAGAAUCCGGAGACAGCGACUGCAGCUGCAGGAGCAAUUUAUGCAGCUCUGAAGCUCCAGCCCCACACCAUAGGUUGCUGGAAUUGGACACAGACUGCAUAACAACCUGGAAACAGGGCCUUGUACCAUCAAAGACACAUGUAUUCCUGUGUUUCCAUAACUCCCAAGCAACCAGGAUCAAUGAAUUGAGGCCUUUCUUAAAUUCCUUUGGAACUCUCUUGAGUCUUGACAGUCUGGCUCCACCAGCCGGAGAGUGGGUCGGUGUACCUUAUCAUUUCUUUCUCAUUGUUUUCGUGCAUUAAGCUCAGGAAUACGUUUAUUUGCUAAUAUGAUGGACGGUCAUAGUUCAGUAAAGAUUUUAAGUGGGUUUGCUUGGACUAUGCUAUUUCUGAAUAAUAUUUUCUAUUUCUUAGGAGAUAUUGGUCCCUUAUUUAUAGUUUUAGCAUUAACCAGUCUAGAAAAUUAGGUGUGGCUAUAUCACAAGCUCAUGUUUCUACGAUCUCAAUUUGUAUUUAUUGAAUGAUGGUACAAAUCUCCAUCAAAAUGAGUCAUUUCAUAAUUGCAUAAAAACGAGGAGCCAAUCAUAGAACUACAUAUGUUUUGAGACUCACUUCCUUGAAAAGAGGAAGACUAGUCAUGUAGGCAGUUACCAUGAAAGAAAUGUAUCUUUAUCGGUUGCUCGACCAAAUCCGGUCAAUAAGGCAGAUCUAAAUGCCACAAUGUCGGCUGUUCAAUUUUAGAAAGGCCCAUCUCCUGAUUUUCUCUCAAAUCGAAUAAAACUCUUUAGCAGUUGGUUUGACAGAACUGAUGGUAAGGUAGGGGACCCAUACCUUUAUUCUAUUCCCGUUCUUAUAGCGAGUGAAUGAAAAGCUACACCUGUUGCUUGUGUUGAUUGAAAAGAAAUAUGUCGAGACAGAUCGAUGUAGGCGCUCGUAUACUGUUGGCGGUGCUACACCAUAGAUUUGUACCUAGGAGCAAGAACCGUGGCUUAAGGAUUAGCUAAGGGAUAAUGGCCUUUCUGAUCUCAUUCGUCUUCCGAUCGCUUCGCAUAAAAUGUAAAGUUAAGAUUGUCCAGGUGUAGUGCAAGGCCGUUGCCUGCCUAGGGAGUGCAAGGCCGUUGCUUGCCUAGGGGCGGGGGGAAAGAAGAGUGGGUUGGUGGGCUUCUUUCAGUGUGAUUUGCUCAAAGGAAAGAAGGGUUUUCGAGAGUCGAGAGUGAGGGGAGGCUCUUUUUUCUACUCUAACUCGAUACUUUUCUCAACUCUAGAGAAUGGCGUGGCCUAACCCGAGCAGAAGCGAGGCAACCCCAGAGGGGCAUUGAUCUUCUGAUAUUAGAAUCUAUAUACGCUAUUUCCGAUCUGAACUGCUUUAGUGAGUGGAUCCCUAGUUGGGAGCCACAAACGGAGGGAAUAGCCCCAGAGGACUUGUCAAGUGGAUAUGGGGAUUUUGCUUGGGUUCUCACCAAAGAAAAUAUAGGGUUCCUAGAGUGCCAGUGUCGCUUGCUUAUUACAGUGACAAGGGUUCGAUUUCGAGUAGAGGAAGUUCCCUUGAUUUAUCCAUCUUCCCAAUUCUGCCACUCAAUUCACUACUAUCGUAUCGCCCAUAGGUGCAAUUCAUUUUCUGAUCCAUGCCACGUAUCCCCCAUAGAGGGUGCCAGUAGAUUCUGCACUUUUGACCCAUACAUAGUGAUCAAAGUGAGAAAAGUUCUUCAUCUACCAUUGACUUGCCAUAGGGCGAACUAGAUUGUUAGACUGUGUGUGUGGGCUGGCACCACUGUUGGGCUGCCAGCCCAUUAGGGUUAGGGUUGUGAGUCUAUAUAUUGUACCCCCUCCCGUCGGCGGCUCCCCUUCCCCAGGCCGCGCUAGGAGUUCGUUGGCGCGUAGCCCCGCGCCCGUCGGACCGUCUUGGAGUGCGUCUUAGGCGCUGCAGCUUCCCAGGCCGGCGCCUCCUAGGCCACCGACGCGGAUCCGCAUGUCCCUUCGCCGUCCAUGGCUGAGCAGGCCCCUGCGCUGCUCACCCCUCCCUCCUGAGGCUUUCCAACGCCGCCCGAAUCCGCGCCGUCGCCGCGUCCAGGGCUAGCCGCCGCCACCCAGCAGAGCCAACCUUGCUAGGUCUGGCGCAGGCCCCUGUCCGGCUGGACCCGGCCCGCCACCCACCCCUUCAUCGCCUUCGUUGGAUCUGUCGUUGCCGCGGCCUUCCCGGCCGGAUCCACGUUGCUGCGGCCUUCUCGGCUCGAUCCGCUGUCCCUUUGGCCGGAUUGCGUCUUCCCGGCCAGAUCCGUCGUUCCCCUUCUAUUCUGUCGUGGGUGCGGACACCAUGACCGACGCAGACGCUGCUCUGUCGUCGGCCUCCCUAGCGGGGCUCCUUGACGUUCGGACUAUCCAGAAGCAGGAAGGUUGGCCUGCCGGUGCCCUUUUGCUGUGUCGCCCUGCCGAUCGUUGACACUCGAACGUCGACCCCUUCCGAAGAACAGGUUCCUGUUGCGUGUCUCCCGACCUCGGCCACCUCGACUUCGGCUAACUCGGCAUCCCGGGGCUAUCGCCUUCUCAGAAUCCACAUCGGUCUCUUCUCCAGCCGCAACAUUGGCACCCUCACGACGCUGCGACUGCGGGGGGAUUUCAACCCGUCGGCUCCUACCUUCGACCUCUACUCCAGUCUCAUUGUGUGUGGUGCCCCCGUUGCGACUGCGGGGGGAUGUUAGACUGUGUGUGGGGGGCACCACUGUUGGGCUGCCAGCCCAUUAGGUUAGGAUUGUGAGUCUAUAUAUUGUACCCCAUCUCCUAUCAAUACAUCAAGCACUUCACAAUUCUACAUAGAUCAAUCCACUCGAAUCAAGAGUUAGCUAGUUCUCCCCGAAAUGCGUUGAGGCGCAGCAGUUGACUCAUUGACUGGACAUCUAAGGGUAAAGCACUGUUUCGGUGCGAGCUGUACCAAAUCGAGGCAAACUUUGAAUACUAGAUAUGACCCAAAAUAAAUAGGGUCAAGGUCUGCCAAUGGGACGAUGGGGGAUAAGCUUCAUCGUCGAGAGGGAAACAACCCAGAUCACAGCUAAGGCUCUAAAUGACCGCUUAGAGAUAAAGGAGGUAGGGGGGCAAAGACAGCCAAGAGGUUUGCCUAGAAGCAACCACCCUUUAAAGAGUGUGUAUUCCACACUGAUCGAGCACCAUUGCGCUGAAGAUGAACGGGGCUAAGCGAUUUGCCGAAGCUGUGGGAUGUCAAAAUGCAUCGGUAGGGGAGCAUUCCGCCUUAGAGGGAAGCAAACGCGAAAGCGUGGGUCGACAAAGCGGAAGCGAGAAUGUCGGCUUGAGUAAC